GGGCUCGCCGCCGUACUCGGGCAGGGCUGCGGAGGCACGGGAGGCCGGCGGAGCCGCGCCGCGCCGGGGGAGGCUGAGGGGCUGCAGGAAGGCGGAGGAGUAGCGGGAGCCCGGCCCUGGAUUUCCAUGGUGCCGGGGGCCGUGUGGAUUACCCCGCCGUGAGCCGGGGAGCCGGCACCCCCAGGAGGCGGGCGGCAUCGGAGCAGCGAGGUCUGAACCAUGUGAGGGACGUUGCUGGGUCACACAGCACGUGCGCGGGGAGCACAAAGUUUGCCUUUCCCAGGAUGGAUCAGAGGAAGAACUGGCCUCGGGUACCGGACUCUGAUGGCUGGUCGGUGGCUUUGCUGUGUCUUUUCCUGGCAUCGCUCUCCCGAAAUGUGUCCAGCAACACCUUGUUCAGCACUUUCCACUCUGAGAACCGGGACUGGACGUUCAACCACUUGACUGUCCACCAAGGCACCGGGGCAGUCUAUGUCGGAGCUAUCAACAGGGUUUACAAGCUUUCAGGUAACCUGACUAUUUUGGUGGCUCAUAAAACUGGUCCUGAGGAGGACAAUAAAUCCUGCUACCCACCCCUCAUCGUCCAGCCUUGCAGCGAGAUCCUCACCCUCACCAACAACGUCAACAAGCUGCUGAUCAUUGACUACUCUGAGAACCGGCUGCUGGCCUGCGGCAGCCUCUACCAGGGGGUCUGCAAGCUGCUGCGCCUGGACGACCUCUUCAUCUUGGUGGAGCCCUCGCACAAAAAGGAGCACUACCUCUCCAGUGUCAACAAGACGGGCACAAUGUACGGUGUGAUCGUGCGUUCGGAAGGUGAAGAUGGGAAGCUCUUCAUCGGCACGGCAGUGGAUGGGAAGCAGGAUUAUUUCCCCACCCUCUCCAGCCGCAAGCUUCCCCGGGAUCCAGAGUCAUCAGCAAUGUUGGAUUAUGAGCUCCACAGUGACUUCGUCUCAUCCCUCAUCAAAAUCCCCUCAGAUACCUUGGCCCUUGUUUCGCACUUUGACAUCUUCUACAUCUAUGGUUUUGCCAGUGGCAACUUUGUCUAUUUUUUGACUGUCCAGCCAGAGACCCCAGAGGGUGUCUCCAUCAACUCCGCCAGCGACCUCUUUUACACGUCUCGCAUCGUCCGUCUCUGCAAAGAUGACCCCAAGUUCCACUCCUACGUGUCUCUACCCUUUGGCUGCGUCAAGGGGGACACGGAGUACCGCCUCCUGCAAGCAGCGUACCUCUCCAAGCCAGGAGAUGUGCUGGCCAAGUCCCUCAACAUCACGGCCCAGGAGGAUGUCCUCUUUGCCAUUUUCUCCAAGGGGCAGAAGCAGUACCAUCAGCCACCCGACGACUCUGCGCUCUGCGUCUUCCCCAUUCGCACCGUCAAUGCUCAGAUCAAGGACCGCCUGCAGUCCUGCUACCAGGGGGAAGGCAACCUGGAGCUCAACUGGCUGCUGGGCAAAGACGUCCAGUGCACUAAAGCGCCAGUCCCCAUCGAUGACAAUUUCUGUGGGCUUGACAUCAACCAGCCCCUGGGAGGCUCGACACCGGUGGACGGAGUGACCCUCUUCACCUCAAGCCGGGACCGGAUGACUUCUGUUGCGUCCUACGUCUACAACGGCUACAGCGUGGUGUUCGUGGGGACUAAGACUGGCAAGCUGAAGAAGAUCCGAGCAGAUGGUCCUCCCCAUGGUGGAAUUCAGUACGAAAUGGUGACGGUUUUCAAGGACGGCAGCCCAGUCCUUCGAGACAUGGCCUUCUCCAUCGAUCAGAAGUAUCUGUACGUCAUGUCGGAGCGACAGGUGUCCCGGGUGCCCGUGGAGUCCUGCGAGCAGUACACGACCUGCGGGGAGUGCCUGAGCUCGGGAGACCCACACUGCGGCUGGUGCACACUCCACCACGUGUGCUCCCCGAGGGACAGCUGCGAGCGAGCAGACGAGCCGUACCGAUUUGCAGGCAGCAUCAGCCAGUGCAUGAGCGUCAGCGUGCAGCCCAGCAGCAUCUCCGUCUCUGAGCACAGCCUCCCGCUCAGCUUGCUGGUGAACGAUGCUCCAGACCUGACGGCUGGGGUCACCUGCCUCUUCGGCAACCUGACGGAGGUGGAAGGGCAGGUUUCAGGCAGCCGCGUUGUGUGUGUUUCACCAGCAGCAAAGGAUGUUCCUGCCAUACCUGUGGAUCAAGACUGGUUUGGCGUGGUGCUGCAGCUGAAGUCGCAGGAGACGGGGAGGACGUUUGUCAGCACAGAGUUCAAGUUCUACAACUGCAGUGCCCACCAGCUGUGCCUGUCCUGUGUGAACAGCGCUUUCCGCUGCCACUGGUGCAAGUACCGGAACCUCUGCACCCAUGACCCCACCACAUGCUCCUUUCAGGAGGGACGGAUCAACAUCUCUGAGGACUGUCCUCAGCUCUUCCCCACAGAGGAGAUCCUGAUCCCGGUGGGAGAGGUAAAACCCAUCACACUGAAGGCGAGAAACCUGCCCCAGCCCCAGUCCGGCCAGCGCGGGUACGAGUGUGUCCUCAGCAUCCAGGGUGUGAUCCACCGCGUGCCUGCCCUGCGCUUCAACAGCUCCAGCGUCCAGUGCCAGAACAGCUCGUAUCUCUAUGACGGGAUGGACAUCAGCAAUUUGGCGGUGGACUUUGCUGUGGUUUGGAACGGGAACUUUGUCAUUGACAACCCGGAGGAUCUGAAAGUGCACCUCUACAAGUGCUCAGCCCAGCGUGAGAGCUGCGGGCUCUGCCUGAAAGCCGACCCCAAGUUCGAGUGCGGCUGGUGCAGCGGCGAGGCCAAGUGCACGCUGCGACCGCACUGCAGCGCGCUCCCCGCCCAGCCCUGGCUCGACUGGUCCAGCAGGAACGUCAAGUGCUCCAACCCUCGCAUCACCGAGAUCCUGACAGUGUCAGGCCCCCCAGAAGGAGGGACAAGGGUGACCAUCCGUGGCGUGAACCUGGGCCUGGAUUUCUCCGAGAUUGCCCAUGGGGUACAGGUUGCUGGGGUGCAGUGCACGCCCCUGCCCGAGCAGUAUGUCGUCGCAGAACAGAUCGUCUGUGAAAUGGGGCAGGCGCUUCCAGGGAUCAGCUCCGGCCCAGUGCUCCUGUGCAUCGGAGAGUGCAAGCCGGAGUUCACGGCCAAGUCCACGCAGCAGUACAUGUUUGUGACCCCAGCAGUGAGUUUUCUGAAUCCCAGCCGCGGUCCAGAGUCAGGAGGGACGAUGGUGACCAUCUCCGGGCACUACCUGGGGGCUGGCAGCCGCGUGUCCGUGCUCCUGGGAAACCAGACCUGCGAAUUCUACGGGCGAUCCAUGAACGAGAUUGUUUGCGUGUCGGCCCCGUCAGCCCACGGCCUGGGAGCUGUUCACGUCUCUGUCAGCGUCGACCGGGCGCAGCUGGAGCAGACCUUGCUGUUUGAGUACAUCGAUGAUCCAAAGGUGCAGCAUAUCGAACCUGAGUGGAGCAUUGCCAGCGGACACACGCCUCUGACCGUCACCGGCUCCAACCUGGAUGUGAUCCAGGAGCCCAGGAUCCGUGUCAAGUACAACGGCAAGGAGUUUGUCAACGUCUGCAAGGUGGUGAACGCCACGGCGCUGGCCUGCCUCGCCCCCCCCCUCACCCCCGACUACCGACCGGGCUUGGAUGCCGUCGAGCGGCCGGACGAGUUUGGGUUUAUCUUUAACAACGUGCAGUCCCUGCUAGUCUACAACGACACCAAGUUCAUAUACUACCCCAACCCAACCUUUGAACUCCUGAGUCCAGCUGGGGUGCUGGAGCAGAAGCCAGGGUCACCCAUCAUCCUGAAGGGCAGAAACCUGUGCCCACCCGCUCCGGGAGGAGCAAAGCUCAACUACACCGUGCUGAUCGGAGAAACGCCCUGCGCUGUCACCGUCUCCGAGACCCAGCUGCUGUGCGAGCCACCAAAUCUCACCGGGCAGCACAAAGUGAUGGUGCGUGUUGGUGGUAUCAUCUUCUCCCCUGGUUCAGUGAGCAUCGCCUCAGACAGCCUCCUGACCCUGCCAGCCAUUGUCAGUAUUGCGGCCGGAGGCAGCCUGCUCCUCAUCAUUGUCAUCAUUGUCCUCAUCGCCUACAAGCGCAAGUCCCGAGAGAACGACCUGACCCUCAAGAGGCUGCAGAUGCAGAUGGACAACCUGGAGUCCCGCGUGGCCCUAGAGUGCAAGGAGGCUUUUGCAGAGCUGCAGACGGACAUCAAUGAAUUAACCAGCGACCUGGAUCGCUCUGGGAUCCCGUACCUCGACUACCGAACAUAUGCCAUGAGGGUCCUUUUCCCUGGCAUCGAGGACCAUCCUGUCCUGCGGGAGCUGGAGGUCCAAGGGAACGGGCAGCAGAGCGUGGAGAAGGCUCUGAAGCUCUUUGCUCAGCUGAUCAACAACAAAGUCUUCCUGCUGACCUUCAUCCGAACGCUGGAGCUGCAGCGCAGCUUCUCCAUGCGCGAUCGAGGCAACGUGGCCUCACUCAUCAUGACGGGUCUGCAAGGCAAGCUGGAGUACGCCACCGACGUGCUGAAGCAGCUGCUCUCCGACCUCAUCGAGAAGAACCUGGAAAACAAGAACCACCCCAAACUGCUCCUGCGCAGGACCGAGUCCGUGGCUGAGAAGAUGCUGACUAACUGGUUUGCCUUCCUCCUCCACAAGUUCCUCAAGGAAUGUGCUGGAGAGCCGCUCUUCAUGCUCUACUGUGCCAUCAAGCAACAGAUGGAGAAAGGUCCCAUUGAUGCCAUCACAGGAGAAGCCCGUUACUCCCUCAGUGAGGACAAGCUGAUCCGGCAGCAAAUUGAGUACAAGACCCUGAUCCUAAAUUGUGUGAACCCAGAUAAUGAGAACAGUCCAGAGAUCCCUGUGAAGGUGCUCAACUGUGAUACCAUCACUCAAGUCAAAGAGAAGAUCCUCGAUGCAGUAUACAAAAACGUUCCAUAUUCUCAAAGACCGAGAGCUGUUGACAUGGACUUGGAGUGGCGGCAGGGCCGGAUAGCUCGUGUGGUCCUGCAAGAUGAAGACAUCACCACCAAGAUUGAAGGAGAUUGGAAGCGCUUGAACACCUUGAUGCAUUAUCAGGUAUCGGACCGCUCAGUUGUGGCUCUCGUUCCCAAACAGACCUCCUCCUAUAAUAUUCCUGCCUCUGCCAGUAUAUCCCGGACAUCCAUUAGUAGAUACGACUCCACCUUCCGUUACACCGGCAGCCCCGACAGCUUGCGCUCCCGCGCCCCCAUGAUCACCCCCGACCUGGAGAGCGGGGUCAAGGUCUGGCACUUGGUCAAAAACCACGACCAUGGAGACCAGAAGGAAGGAGACCGGGGCAGUAAGAUGGUGUCUGAAAUCUACCUGACCAGGCUAUUAGCUACAAAGGGUACGCUGCAGAAAUUUGUGGACGACUUGUUUGAGACGCUGUUCAGCACCGUGCACCGCGGCAGCGCGCUCCCGCUGGCCAUCAAGUAUAUGUUCGAUUUCUUGGAUGAGCAGGCAGAUAAGCACGGCAUCCAUGACACAGAUGUGAGGCACACGUGGAAGAGCAAUUGCCUCCCUCUGCGAUUCUGGGUGAACGUAAUCAAAAACCCCCAGUUUGUGUUUGAUAUCCACAAAGGCAGCAUCACAGAUGCCUGCCUUUCUGUUGUGGCUCAGACCUUCAUGGAUUCCUGCUCCACCUCAGAGCACCGCCUGGGCAAGGAUUCCCCCUCCAACAAGCUGCUCUAUGCCAAGGACAUCCCCAGCUACAAGAGCUGGGUGGAGAGGUAUUACGCAGACAUCGCCAAGCUCCCUGCCAUCAGCGACCAGGACAUGAACGCCUACCUCGCCGAGCAGUCGCGCCUGCACGCCGUCGAGUUCAACAUGCUGAGCGCGCUCAACGAGAUCUACUCCUACGUCAGCAAGUACAGCGAAGAGCUCAUUGGGGCUUUGGAGCAGGAUGAACAGGCACGUAGGCAGCGUCUGGCAUACAAAGUAGAGCAACUUAUUGGUGCCAUGUCUAUUGAGAGCUGAAGAAAGGACGCGGUGCUCGCAGACAGCAAAGGGCAGAGGAUUGCACGGACGCUGGGGAAUUAAGAAGGAGAACAAGCAAGAAAGGCGCUGAACACAUAUAAAUACCAAGGCUUUUCUGGAGUGAGCAGACUGGCCCAAGGAGUGACUGUGUUCAAAACCACAUAGGAUCCGGUUUGAAAAGGCAGGAAGAGAAAAGGACAAAGCAUCUCAAUCAAAGUCAAAUCAAGAUGGAUCAUUUUUUCGAGCAUACAUGGAAAGAAGGAACCUGGAAAGUCUGGAUGUCUCCAUGACUGCUGCUUUGCAUGAAAAUUGUUUGAUGUAUAUUAGAAAAUAAAACUUUAUUUAAAGUUUUUUUUUAAAAAAAAAAAAAAAAAAGGAAAGAAAAAGGAAAAAAAAAAAGAUAUAGAACAAAAACCACAGAGGCCACAGAGAUAAUCCUGGCAAGAAGGUUCAGCUCUGAAUCCUGUCCUCGAGAGACUCCCGGGGAUGUGGCUCAGACAUUCUGCGAAUGGACUCUUAUGCUAAUUGGAACAUUUGGAAAAACGAAAUCUUCUCCUUUUUGGGAUCUUAUAAAAAAUAUGAGCACAAGUUUGCACCACACCUUUUUACACAAGUAAAAUAGCGGUUUAGCCAGAAAAUAGUUCCGUGGCUGAGUAACUUAUAGGCACUAGAAGGAACUUUACCUGAAUUGCAAAACCAUCAGAUCAUCCAACCUGUCUUGAAAUCCAGCUUUAUCUAUGUAUUUAUAUAGUGUCGAUAUAUAUAUAUUUUUUUUAAAUCCCAUUUACUGUUGAACGAGGAAAGAUCUGAUUUUAAAUGCUUUCCCCUUUUCCACCCCCAUUCCCCUCGCUGGAGGCCGGCACACUGCAGUGAGCCGGCAGCCCGCUGAGCAGCGGUGGGAUGCCCACGGCCGUGCCCGGCCACGCUCGGUGCAAUGCUGGUUCCUGCAGGUACGCUCGGAGCAGAGCAGCCGGCUGCCCUCUCCCAUCGGGCAGAGCUGGGAUGAAGCCUCCUUGGUUGGGUUUUGGGGUGGUUUCUGGCAGCCGCCUCUGAAUUUCUGGCAGUAAAAACCAACACCCCCCCAAUGUUUACAGUGAGCGAUACUUGAAAAGACUCAACGUAGCGAGAUGAGCUAUUUAUUGCUUUUCUGUUUGACUUGCAGAGCUGAUCGGCACAGGCUCCCUUUGAGUUUCUCUGCCAGCAUUCACGGGGUCGCCCGGGGUCAGCGCAGGACUUGUGUUUCCACUGGGGAGGGGAAAGAAAUCUUUGUGCUCUAGGCAAGGCAAAACCUCAACCAGCACUCCACGGGCCAGCUAGCGCUGCUGUCUUGUCUCUGUCUCGGCGUCUUGUUGUUAUAUUCAGUUCCUUGCUGGCCCCGACGGCACGUGUUCUUGUGGCCAGUGAUAGGCAAAUGUUUGUGAGUGUUAUUUCUUUCAACGACACCAAAGCUUGUGUGUGUCCCUUUGUAGAGUGCCAGGAGGGGAAGGAACGCUGUAAAUAUUUCUCUCUGUAAUAAAUAUUGAUAUUUGCGCAGGCUGCAGUGGGGAGGACAGGGUGAUUAGGUCUAAUGGAAGUACAAGUAUUGACUGCAUGAGCUUGGCAGUGGCAGGAAAAUAGCUCCCGACAUCUGCUCAGCCCUGCCCAGGCAGUGCUGUGCUGGACUGGGACCUUAGUUUGCAGCCAGUGUGUGUCGAAGGAAAAUCCAUUUUCAUAUCCAUCCCAGAGCCCGGGAGGGUCACCACAGGCUCCCCAUGCACCAAGUGAGCUGCUGGCUUUUGGUCUCAAGGCACAGACCUAACAGAAGCCAGCAACAGGCGAGGGGAGAAGCAUGUAGAGAAAUACUCAGGAAAUUUGUUAUUUUAAUUACCCUUCAGAAAAAGCCAUGCCAAGUCCACUUUCUUUUGGUUAAUCCAUUUCUAGGAGUUUCUCUGUGCCCUAUUAAUACUUGGGAGAAGAUACUGAUGAUAAUGAUCAACCUUGUGCAAUAAGUUCUUGACAUUUACAACAGCCUGAGCUUUGUAACUGGAGGGCUUGGAUUUACCGAGACACGGAGCAAGCUGGCAGAGACAGACUGAGGAGCAGAGCAGGAUUCGUACUGCCCAUUACCAGAACAGUUGCCUUCCCAGGGAUCCUUCUGCUGCACAAUGAGUCUAAUUUCAAAGACAGAAAACGUGCAAGCUUGUGGGUUGUCCUAUGAAAGCCUGACGUCCUGGAGCCCAGCACCGCGGACGUGGUGAGCCAUCCUCACAGCAGCCGCCAGCCUGCCCUGCUCUUUGCUGCUGGUGUUACAGGGGAUUGCAGAGUGUCGGGUUCUGAAAUCCUCCAGGUCUCAUUUUUUUACUGGUUUCUGUUGCUGCUGUUUGCAGUGAUCCGACGUGCAGCUGCUGGGAGUGAUUGCCAGGUCUAUGUUUUAGUUGUGGUCAUUGCUUUGAGUAUUCGUAUUCAGAUGGUUCACCAAAUUCUUAUGGUACUCUGAAACCCAAAGAAAACACUCCAAAUGGUUUUCCAACAGUUUCCAAAUGCUUCUAAAUAUUAGUCUGAAGAGUUAUGCCUGCAGGAUUCACAAAAUAUGAGUACUGCCCAAAGCAAAGACCUGGCUUUUCAUCACCUGGGUGCUCCUGAAGGUGUGCUGGCCCUGCAACCCAAGUCAGGCCCUCAUGGUCCUCUGUCUUCACAUCUAUCUGAGAGGCUUUUGCGUAGCUGCUUUUAAGCAUACUUUCCUCCUCCUGCUCUCUACCUUCUGACCAGGAGCACCCCAUAAGCAAACAUUUUGUCAUUCCCCCUUCCCCAGUAUUUUCUCAGCAAAAGUCGAAGUCCCCAACCACCCGCUGGGUUCCCUGCAAGGGGUCUGCUGGGCAGCGCUAAGUGUGGGUGCUGCAGCCACCCAGCAGCAAUGCCGGCAGUGCCGGUGUCCAGUGUCUUUUCCAUGUGCGUUUUGGCUGCCCGUUGCCCCACGGGCAGGCAGCAGGAGAGGCAGCACGUGGGAGGUCUCCCUGCUCACGAUGCUCUACGUGCAGCACGAUGGGCUGCCUGUCCUGCUUGGCUGAUUUGCCCCUUAGCAGCCUCUCCCCCUGUCCUGUCAGAAGCCUGGGAAAGGGCCUGUAAACUGGGAUUAUCCUGGAAGGUAAGGAUGAGGGAGGGAAAAGAAAACCGAUUGCAGAGCCCGGAGGUACUGGUUUGUGAGUAAGGAUUAAAAGAAUCCAAUGCGUCCAAGCUGGCCAAACACAGGGUCUGUAUUCCAUGAAUACAGGAGAGCACUGAGAAGGGGACAGCUGAGUUUAUUUUCUGUGUUGUGGGAGGAAUUUGGGCAGAGGAGGAAAGGGAGAGCAGUGGGAGCACUUUGCAAACCAGUAAGCUAUUACACUUUUGACUGACUGACUUCCAAGGGAAGCAGCAGAAACACCUCUUCUUCCAUCACCUGAAAAGGCAUGAGCAGGGUGGCACAGGGAGCAGCACGGUGCUGGCUGGAAUGGGUGGCCAUUAAAUCAUCUGCCAAGUAUAUACUCAUGUGGUUGAAUUAAUUAUGGAUCUUUAUAGGCAAUUAUAUGGAAUGAAGCAACAUAUCCCCUUGGGGCAAAACGCUUGUAAUCUAUUGCCCUGUUUGCAUCUGACUUUCCCACUACUCCCUUGGGAAGAGGAAGCUUCAGAUCUCAAGAUGGCAUUUUCUUCGCACUUGCAGCAAACUGGACUUGAGGUUUGGUCAGGAGGGGGCAGUGACUUUGCCUUAGAUGAAAUGAUUUCACAUCCUUCUCAUUGCCCCCUUCCUCCUGCAAGGCUGGUUGGUGUUUUGAUUCUCCAGUUCACUUCGUUUCAGGUGUUUCGACAUCAAAGUGGGAGACGUCAUUUUCCAGAAUCUCUCUGCCUGGUGUCACUGCUUAAAUAAUUCCAUUUAAUCUUCUGCUCAUGAGCUAUCAAAGCACCUACUCCAAGGGGGAGCAAGGUGCUAAUCAAACGCUUCUCCACCUUGAAAGCCUUUAUUAAAAACCCAUAUACAAGAGUCUAACUUAUAGGCAAGAUUGUCUCCGCAUGAGCCCUGCUGUGGAGCACCACAACACUGCAGCCCACCAAAGUACAGAAGAUGUGGACGUCAAGUGGUCCACGCUUUGCCAUAAAGGAUGAAUUUAUGUUUAAAGGGAGGCCGGAGAGAUCAGCACGGCCAAAGCGCUGGAGUCCCAUGAGAUCCAGCAUGGACCAGUCCGGCAGCUGCGUGAAGACCCACCACAGGAACCAGCGCUGAGAAGCAAAACUGCUUCCACGGCUUCACUGCUGGUGGGCAGCAUCCCGGGCAGCAGAGGUUUAUCUCCAAAGGAGGCUGGACGUGGCCGUGCCGGAUGGUGAUGCCUUCCCACAGGGUCUCGAUGCUGUGACACAGUGGGGAUGGCGAGUGCAGCCGCUGGACACGGUGGCAACAGAGACCUUCAUCACAGCAGUGCCUUCAACACACUGUCUUAAAAUCCUAACGGCCUGUCCCCACGUAAGUUCUCUCUCCUACGUUCAACUGGACUUCACCAAAAAUUACAUAAUGUAGGGAGCAAUAUGGGUGGGCACGUGGAGAACAAAAGCAAGAGGGCUUAAAGCUCUGGGGUUGCAUUCCUGCGCGCUGCUGACUCCGAGCACCUUGCUGCGAGUCGUCUAAUCUGCGUGGAAAGGGUCGGAGCGCUUUCCUCCUCCAGUGGGCACAACCGACAAACAAAGUCUUAUUUCCAAGCAGCCAACGGGGAUGAGAAGCACCAACCUGCCUGCUGUCCCUGCCCUGUCCCCAGGGCAGCAGGUUGGCAAAGGACAGAGCAGCUCCUGGCGUGGUCCCCGUGAUGCUCCUGUCCAAGCCUGUGCCUCGAGCCUGUUCCCUGGCAGCAGCCCAGCCACGUUCUCACCUGUCACUGGCUCUUCUCCAUCGGUCUCCAGUGCUGUCAGAGCUCACCUGCCACAGGGACUCAGCUCGCCAAACUAAAUGAAACUAAAAUAGACUGACUUGAAUAAGCUGGGACAUCAGGGAAAGCUCACGUGUGACUGUACCCUGGAGAGAAGAAAAAAUGUUCAGAGAAGGAUAAAUAACUGACAUCAAAGAUACAUUAAAAUGCCACAAAGCUUCAGCCAUCCUAUUUCGGAAUUGCAUUUGUACCAUAAACCGCAAGCCAAUAACGCAGGGAGCUGCGAUGUUGUAUAUAGUUGCGUGCUAGGUAGAGCUAGGUGAGCAGUCCCGUCUGUUUAGUGAAUGUGUGUUCGGUGAAACGCCUGCAUCGCCCCAGCCUCCUCCCAGCCUUCUCCCGAGGCCACUGAGACCGGUGGGUUGGAGGCUGAAGGCAAAGCACUGGUGAUAGCUACAAGGCCACCCAACACCCGUGUGGAUAGGCUGCUUGAGUUUUUUAAUUUGACAUUCAGUGGGGAAAUAAUCGGAGUAAAAGACGCCAGCGUGCGCUGCCAAGAAGGUGCCGUUCAGGAUCCACUGAGCUGAGCAACCCUGAAGGUACAAUUUAAAUGUGGGUUGGUCAGAUUAGUUUUGGCAGGGAAGAGGAUGGGAAUCUUCAAACCGAUUUUUACCACCUGGAAGGCUUUGUGCAAAGCCUCUGUUCACCACAGAAAAAAGAAACCAGUUUCAGGCAGUGGUCCUGUUCUGGGCAAGGCACGGCACAGAGGCUGGCUCCCAGCUGCUAGCGGUACCUAUUGCCUUCCCGGCUCCUAGCACAAAACUCUGGGUCUCCUGUACCCAUCCUGCAGCCUGGGGAGCUUCACUGCAUGCCGGGGGCCGUGCCAGGGGUGGGAGGUGGGGAGGAGAAGGCAGCGGGGCAGCACAGGCCGGCUGCUCCCUUGCUGGAAAAGCUCCUUGUCUUGCCUGGGCGUCUGCGCCGACGUUGCUGCUGCAGUUGCACCAGAAGCAGCUGAACCGCAGCUGAAGGUGUUUUGGCCGUGCUGUGAGCACGGCGGUGUCUGUGUGCUUGUUCUUUUAGAUCCCCAUUUGCCCCCAUGUUACCCAUUCCUCUCCUUUCUUUGUCAAAGUGGAAGAUAAUACUAAAAAACAGACAUUCCUGCAGCGCCUAAGAACGUGCUGAAAAGACCUGCAGGGUCCAUCCAAUUGCACAGACAAUAUCCCAAACUCCCUGGGCCUCCUGAGGCUGCCAGAUCAAACACGAGGUCUGCUAUACGGCCUUUCCUUUGAGAUUUUUAAUACCUCUAUUUCGAAUAAGCUUGGAAGUUCAUGCAACAGCUUCUCCAUCAGAUGUUUCCACCUCAUGGACUGGGCAGAAGAAAGGUGUGCCUGCAAGAGGAGCCGUCGGAAAGUAAAUGAGCUGACGAGCUGAUUUUGCCACGUUAUUUCCUAGCUUCAGAAGAUACUGCAGUAAAAUAUCCUUCUCUUAUUGAUGAGUGUUUCUGUGCUAAUGGCACCUUGGGGGCUGUUACGAGAAGCGGUGGGAAGCGGCAAAGGAAAGGGAAUGUACAGGUACUAAAUCUUCUGGAGCUCCCCAAAAUGUCACGGAAUGUAGAGGUAUUAGCCAUGGAACAGAUUCUGAUUUCUUCUGCCCCCCCCCUCCUUAAAAUAAACACACGUCAGUUUUAGGGGAUUUGUGUAUUGGCAGGAAUAAUGAAUUGAUUUGUAUCCGUACCCAUUCCACCGUAUCGUUCUCUGGCUCUUCCCCUCCCCA